AGCAGUCCCCCCCCGCAGCCCCCUCAGCCCGUCGUCCCACCCAAGCCUGUGCAAUGUGUCCAUCAUGUGUCCACUCAACCCAGCUGCCCAGGACGGGGCAAGAUGUCCAAGCUGCUGAAUCCGGAAGAGAUGACCUCGAGAGAUUAUUACUUCGACUCCUACGCCCACUUUGGGAUCCACGAGGAAAUGCUGAAGGAUGAGGUGCGGACACUCACCUACCGGAACUCCAUGUACCACAAUAAGCAUGUGUUCAAGGACAAAGUGGUGCUGGACGUUGGGAGUGGUACUGGGAUCCUUUCCAUGUUUGCUGCCAAAGCAGGGGCCAAGAAAGUAUUUGGGAUUGAAUGUUCCAGUAUUUCUGACUACUCAGAGAAGAUCAUUAAGGCCAACCACUUGGACAACAUCAUCACCAUAUUUAAGGGUAAAGUAGAAGAGGUGGAGCUGCCUGUGGAGAAGGUAGACAUCAUCAUCAGCGAGUGGAUGGGCUACUGUCUGUUCUAUGAGUCAAUGCUCAACACGGUGAUCUUUGCCAGGGACAAGUGGCUGAAACCUGGAGGGCUUAUGUUUCCAGACCGGGCAGCUUUGUACGUGGUAGCAAUUGAAGACAGACAGUACAAGGACUUCAAAAUCCACUGGUGGGAGAAUGUCUAUGGCUUUGAUAUGACCUGUAUCCGGGAUGUUGCCAUGAAGGAGCCCCUGGUGGACAUCGUGGACCCAAAGCAAGUGGUGACCAAUGCCUGUUUAAUAAAGGAAGUGGACAUUUAUACGGUGAAGACGGAAGAGCUGUCGUUCACAUCUGCCUUCUGCCUGCAGAUACAGAGAAAUGACUACAUCCACGCCCUGGUCACCUAUUUUAAUAUUGAAUUUACCAAGUGCCACAAGAAAAUGGGGUUUUCCACAGCCCCCGAUGCCCCCUACACCCACUGGAAGCAGACUGUCUUCUACUUGGAAGAUUACCUCACUGUCCGGAGGGGAGAAGAAAUCUAUGGGACCAUAUCCAUGAAGCCAAAUGCCAAAAACGUGCGAGACCUCGAUUUCACAGUAGAUUUGGAUUUUAAGGGACAGCUGUGUGAAACAUCUGUAUCUAAUGACUACAAAAUGCGUUAGCACAUGUGGGAAGCUGCAGCGAGCAAGCAAGAAGAGAAACUCUUCCCUCGAUCUGCGGCUCUGUAACAAGGAAUACCGUUUGCAGGACUACACACUUGAAAACCAGAGUUUUAAAUUCUGCCUUGAAGAUUGGUGAACUCACCAGGGCUCCUGUGGGCCCUGCCACUAGGACAGAGAGCCUCCAGCUCCCCAGCUCGGCUCUGGGAGCCCUUCACCGAGGCUUUGUUGUCGCAGACAAAGAGCAAUCUCCAGUGUGGUGGCUGGGGCCCCGAGGAUGGAAAAGUACACACGUAUACCCAUUGUCCUCCUUAACUGUGAAUCUCCGGAACUUUCAAGUUUUGCAUGCUGCAGGCAUCUAGGACAGAAUGCUUCACUAGAACCUGGAGACAUAGUGUCUUUGAUAGCAUAAGCCAGAUUACCCGUCUGCGUGGUGCCGUGUGCGUGCGUGCGUGUGUGCGCGCCUCCAGCGGAUCCAUUAGUUUCUUUACCCACAACACCUGUAUAUGAAUGCAUAUACAACCACGUGGGUGUAUUUCUGUGUUCAUUCAGGGUGUGUGUGUGUGCGUGUGUGUAUGUGUGUGUGUGCGUGCGUGCGCGUGUGUGUGUAGAAUAUAUAUUACUCUCAGAGGAGAUUCUGUUGCUUUCGAAUAGGAAUUUGUUUUGUGAUUAGUUCUCCCCGUUCCCCGUCCCUUACAGAUGUUAAGCAGCUAUGAAACGUUCUCUGUACUAGCUCUGGUCUCCUUUUGACUAGACUGUGGCUCUGAACCCUGAGCAUAGUACCAUGCACUCUGUUGGCACUCAAUAAAUGCACAUGAGAGCGAA